AUGCAAGCUCGCCAUACGCCGACCGACGAACACCGCAGCAAGAGAAAGUUCCAACCCAGCAUCACAAGCUAUUUCGAGGUGCGGGACGAUUUCGAGGAUACCGACGAUCUGCGGGGCCUGGAUCCGAUUACCCGACCGCGAUACCAAAACACGAGGCAACACCAGCACCAGCACAGAGAGAAACUCGCUCCUGACGUCCCCGGCCAAGUGCAAGCAGACCUCCUCAGCGUCGGCAUGAGAGUGCGAAAGAGCGUGCCGGAAGGCUACAAGAUCCACAAGACAUCCGGCCUCCCAUCCAUCCAAACCACCAUGUCGCGGCCCACCCUAGCCGUCAAACCACCCCGAGAGCCUGUAUCAGAAGAAGUCCUGCACCAGCGCGAACUCCUGCCUUUCUGCGGCCUGAACAAAAUCGGCGGCUUCGCAGAACAACCAACAACCAACCCACAUCUCUACGCCGCGAACGGCACGCCACCACCUCCAAACUACUUCCCCCUCCCCGCCGAGACCUUCACUCAGCCCUUCUCCUCCAAAGCCUCCACAGAUAGCGGAUACUCAACGACCUCGCAGCGCCCACACAACCCCUCGAAACGCUCAUGGCAGGACGAAGAUGAAGUCAGGACAUUAGACACGACAUUCUUCUUCGGCUCAUCAUCGUCGACAAGGGGAAUGGGCAUGGGCGUCGAAAUCGACGAAGUGCCCGUUAGCCCGCUGAGUGAAACGCCACCUCAGGGACUCAAUAUGCAGCCGCCACCGCGUCGCGUCGCGCUGCCCAAGUCGAGACGGACAGUGCAACGGACGAUUAGUGACGAUGAUAUUGAUAUGGAUUUUGAGAACGCGGCGCACAUGGAAGGAAGAGUCGGCGCAGGUAGUGGAAGUGAUUUCGAAGAGGCGGACUUUUUGAGCAAAGAGGUGGAUAUGGGUGGGAUCUAA